AUGUCUACAUCGGCUGAUGGAUCUAUUUCCUCGCCGCACGAUGGCAGAAUUAGGCGACAGGGUUCGAGCAUACGCCGGGACGUACAAACCAUAUUCAUCGAUAGCGAAGUCAUGAAAGGCAAAUCUGCUCGCCACUACCAGCGUUCUCGUUCACACUCCUUGGUAAGAGGAAGAAGAUCUCGUAGUGGGCAACAGUCCCCUCGGCCAGUCUACUACGAACCCGAGAUGAUUCAAGCUCCCUCGGGUACAUAUCGAUACCGUGCUUGCAGCACAGACUCUUCAAUUAGUUCUAGUUUAUCAAGUAGUACCACUGACAGCAGUAUCAGCAGCACUAUUCACCGUAGCACCUCAUCUUCCUCUUCAGACUCCUCUAUUGGCGAUACUUCUAGAGUUAAAAUUAUUAGAGUCAAUCAAAACAGUGAACCGGAUUAUGUAGAUGAUGGCCGAGUUUUUGUUUUCGAUUCAAAGAAGCACAGGAUUGUGGAGGUUCCCAGCAGACAAGGACCUCACUACCAACAUUUUCAACGCCUUAGCAGACAACGACGAGACAGGAAAUUGGGAUGGACUAUGGAUGGUUUGAGUAUUGUCGCCUAUCCAGGAAAGGAGACCAAAAAAAGUCUUUAUAUGCUUCAAUGA